UUUCCCUCCCCAGCGGCUGGCAGCAUUGACUUUCACUCUCACCCAGUCCGUCACUGCCACUUGCAAGAGACUUGCCAGAGCUGCCAGAGCUGCCAUCGGCGUCGAAGGCCCUGUAACAUCUACCCCGCCAUACGCGCGUUACGUCGAGUGACCUUACAGCCUGCGCCCCCACUGGUAUCUGGGCCCGCACCCUGCAACCUACCCAUUGGAUCUGCCGCGCACAUUGGGCCCCAGCUUGUGCCCACCAACCGCCUUCCUUGCCUUACGUUAGGUACCUUACUACCAGGGUAUUAGUGAGUAGGUAGGUAGAUAGUCCACCCACUAAGUAGGUACGUACCCUGCGAGUCCCGUACCACCGUAGAUUCAUUAUUACGUCGGGUCCCUCUCUCUCAGUCACCCAGCUGUUGCUCUGACACCAGUCAGCUUGUCCACCUUCUCGACACCUCCCUCUCUGACAGACUCCUCCUGUUCCCAAACCUGCAACACUCCUCUCCCCUCUCCACGAGCUUGGCACCAGAACAAGUAACAUCACAAAAUCACAUUGCCGGCUUCAAGAGCGGCUCAAAUCCGAAAAACACGACGCCGAUGGCUUCGACAUCCUAUGAUCAACCGCAGAAUGGCGCUGCCUUAGACCCGGCUCUGGUCGCCAGAACUGAGCUUCCCGUCCGCUCCAAGAGCAACAUGUCCAUCCCCCCGCCGGGUCAAUCCUUGACGGGCAAGCAGGAACACUACCUCAAGCGCGAGCUGAUCUCAGAGCAAGUCAAGUAUGAAAUCUCCGAGCUCAACUCUCCCACGGCCCUCAAGCGAUUCGGCGCCCCGUUCAAGUCCGACGUUGGGGAGGUCUCCCCUCUGGACUCAGAGCUUCCCAUUCUUCGCUACAUCUUUGUCCAUCAUGUCCGCGAUUUUCCCUUCCUCGACAAGGCCAGAGAGAAGGAGUUCUGGCAGGACAAGCUCCAGGUGUUCCUAGAAUCAUUUGCGACCAAGAACAUUUCGUCCUCCGAAGAUAGACUUGAAGAAACGAAGCGGCGCAAGCUGGCCAUAAAAUGCCAGAAGCUCGUUGAGCUGAUGAUGGUGUCUGGAUGUAAGACCUCCUCCGGCUUUGAGGAGAGGAUACGCUUUUCCGAGAUCGAGGUCGUCGAUAGCAAUGCCAUCGACACGGGUGUCAUGCAUGCUAUGCCUGAGGGCAACUACAUCAACGGCUGGGACGUCAACGUAGCCGCCGUCAGAAUCAUGUCGGAGAGGAAGACCAUUAGGUCGCACAAGCACGCUGAGUUCAUCAUGCGCAUCCACCGCAAGGGUGAACUCGAGUUCUUUAUCGGCAGACGGUAUGGCGAUUUUGCCAGGCUGUAUAAAAGACUACGCCUCGAAUUGCCGGGCAAGGUUCUUCCCGCGUUACCCAAGAAGAACAAGUCGGACACAACGACUUCGGGGCUGUUUUCCUCUUUGACCGGCGGCGGCUCUCCUGAUUCUUCUGCAUCAUCAGUAUCAUCAGUCUCGACUAUGAUGACUGGCCUCACUCCUCACGAGAAAGAACCCUCCAAGUUGUCGGUGCUAGGACACAAACGCGCGGGUUCUACAACGUCCGGUCGCAACUCGCCUCGUGUGUCCACUGACGGCAGACCCAAGAGCCCCUUGCCCUUCCUUGGGAAAAAGAACGACCAAGUGACGUUGUGGCGUGAGAGCCAGCGCGUCUCUCUCCGGGCUUUCAUCCGCACCCUCCUUUCGAAUCCCCAGAUCGCUCAAACAAAGGCCAUGGAGGAAUUCCUCACGAAAGACCAGAUCACGCCGACAGAUGCCGACAUCGACGACAUCGAGCGGAGAAAGGCAGUUGAUGCGAUGCGUGUGGAAGAACAGAAGAGAUUUUACGAGAUCGCAAGGAAGCGCGCGGCCGAGCUCGACAUUUACAUGGAAGAAUUCCGUCAAGAGAUUGUGGAGCGCAAUGGCCUCACUUCGUUGUUCAAGGAAAUCAAGGACAAGGAGACCAUCCCGGAUCUCAGCAUUCAGUACCGGAAGUUCGCAGAGUGGCUUCGCAUUGAGGUUGCUGCCACGAUAUACCACCUGUUUCUUGCUGAGGAUAACUCCCCCGAGCUCUUCGCCCAGGCGAAGAGGAUUCACUCGCUCAUCCCAUAUACGGUCCUCAAGAACGUCAUCAGAAUUGCGAACCCAGCUGCUGUUAUGUCAGGCGUUUUGGAUAUCUUCCUGGCACAACCUUUUGGUACUCGUUCGCUGCUGCAGCGCAUCUUCUCGCUUACGCUCAACGAUGGUAUCAAGAGCUUCCAAAAGUCUAUCGACACUCUUGCUGCUAAAAUCGGCGACGAGGCUUUUACGAAGAAGCUGAAGCUGUAUACCGAGGCGGAGGAGCACAUCAAGCUUGCUAUUCGGGAAGAGGCCGCUUCUGAAGAUAUCGAUCUGAUUGUUGUCAUCCUGCGCUCCGACUUUCUUGAGCCUGGUCUGACUUCGGAACAAAUUGGCCGACUCUACAACGCCUACGUGGCUUUCAACAACGCCGUUGAGAACAUUGACGAGGAGCUGAAGCAGGGUGCCCAGCUCUUCUCUUACCUAAAGCAGUUCUUGAAGCUUUGCACCAGGCAACACGACAAAGCCAUGAUGCUGCAACUUGUAGAGGAGCCGGUCACGCUUCAGCUGUUCCGCGAUCUGUUCACUAUCUUCUACGAGCCUCUUGUUCGGGUCUACAAGUCAGCCAAUGUUUACAGCAGCGUUACUGACUUUGCUGUGUUUAUCGACGACAUGAUUCAGGUCGUGGAGAAGUGCCAAGAGCAGGACGCAUCGGCAGACCCGAACCAGACCGUGCAAGCGUUCAUUGAUCUCUGCCAGAGACACGAGCAUAACUUUUACAAGUUUGUUCACGAGGUCCACACGCAUGACAACGGACUCUUCGAUCAGUUGAUGGGCUGGAUUGAAGACAUACUGGAGUUCCUUAGGAAGGGCCCCAAGAACGGCACCUUGAACGUGAAUGCUCUAUUUGAGGGAGGCGUCAGCUCUGGUGCCGUCGACAAGUACAAGGUCAUCGAGGAGGUCAACCAGCUCAUCGCAUGGCAGGAAGCCAGGAAGAAGUGGCACCACGACAAGACGCGGCAGAAGAUGGCUGCCGAAGGAAACGGAGGACCGGACCUUGUUCCUACGGGCUUCUCAUCGUCAGACUUCGGCCUCGACCAGAUGGAUCUGGAAGACAUGGCAUAUGAGGACGACGACGAAGAUGAAGACGAAGCAGAAGAGGAGGACGAGCUCGACCCUAUUGAGGCCGAGCGCCGUCGUCGUGCCAAGAGACGCGAUAGGCUUCGCCGGAGCGCCGGCGAACCGACCAAGCCUCCCGUCUCCGAGGUCCACAAACUCAAGGAAAACUUCCUUGCCAUGUUGCGCGAGGUUCUUGCCCAGUAAGCUUUAGAGAAGCAUGAUAUCCCCUGGCACGUAACUCGGGUUCACAUACAUGGGUUGGGUUGGUGGAAUUUGGGUCUGGCACAUUUGAGGGUAUCAAGCCCCAUUGGCACGGCGUUUGUAUGGUGAAUUGUUACAAUACCUGAAUCAAUUUCGAGGUUCCC